AUGGCUUCUCUUGGCCUCAGACCCACCAGAGCUCAUUCUCCUCCUCCUCCCCACUUCCUCCUCCUCCUCCUCCUGCUCUGCGCCGGCUUCGCGGCAGGGCAAGACCAAUGCGACUGGCACGGUAGAGCUCGCCCCGGGGCCGCGGCUCUGCCGGUCAUCCGCGUCGACCCGUCGGGCCGAUCCGGGAACUUCACCAGGGUCCAGGCCGCCAUCGACUGGGUCCCCUCCCAGAACCAGCGCUGGGUCUGCAUUUACGUCAUGGAAGGUACCUACAGAGAGAAGGUGGUGAUUCCUUUCGAGAAGCCGUUCAUCAUCCUCAAAGGGCGAGGGAAGAGGAAGACGGAGAUCGUCUGGGACGAUCACGAGACCGUCCUUCAAAGCCCCACUUUCGCUUCUUUAGCAGAUAACAUUGUUGUCAAGAGCAUGAGUUUCAGGAACUCGUACAACAACCCGUCGAACGAUAACCCGAGGACCCCGGCGGUGGCAGCGAUGGUCGCCGGCGACAAGUCCUACUUCCACCGGGUCGGGUUCUGGGGUUUGCAGGACACGCUGUGGGACGUGCAUGGCAGGCAUUACUUCAAGAGUUGCACGAUUCAAGGGGCGGUCGAUUUCAUCUUCGGGGAAGGCCAGUCCAUUUACGAGGGUUGCUCCAUAUCGGUGUUGGGGAAUGCCCUGGCGCCGGGGCUGCCGGGGUUCAUCACGGCGCAGGGGAGGAAUAACCAGCACGACAUGAACGGGUUCGUGUUCAAGAACUGCAACGUGUUCGGCUACGGCUCAGCCUACUUGGGAAGGCCAUGGCGGGAGUACGCACGAGUCUUGUUCUACUAUUCCAACUUCACCGACGUCGUCAAUCCCCAGGGGUGGGACGCCUGGCUUGCCACCGGCCACGAGGAGCAGUUGACUUUUGCCGAGUAUGGCUGCUACGGACCUGGCGCCGCCGUGAACGGCCGGGUGAGCUGGCUGAGGAACCUCGAUGUGUUGUCGGUGGAGCGCUUGACAAGCUUAAGCUUCGUUGAUUCUCAAGGAUGGAUCGCAAGCGCCCCGUUUUAG